AUGAUGAACACGAGGUUAUUUUAUGUAUAAGUAAACAAUGUGUGUAUUCUGUAUAAAAUGAAUCAAAUUUUUUGUAUGUAUAAUUAAUGUGCAAUAUGUAUAUAAAUAUUCUAUGUAUAAAAAUGAAUCAAAUUUUUUUAUACUAUGUUUUCGAGAAAAUCGAGUUUGGAAACUUAUCAAGAUAAUUUUUAAUGAAAUUCGAAGUCUAUUUUCUUGAAUAUGAACACUUUUGUAAACAUAAUUAUGUGAAUUUUUCGAAAUAAUUUUAUUUCAGAAUGCUGUGGACGCCUCGAUGUUCCCUAAUUUUAUUGUUGGCAAUGAUAGCGUCUUGCAUGGACGCAAUGAUAAGUGAUUUCCUGGAAGAUGAAACGACCAUCAAUACGAUCUCGACUACCUUGGCGUCGAUGGUCAUGACAACAUCUAGUUUAAGUAAAGCCGAGAAAACGAUGGUUAAUUCAUCAAACACUGUAAAAAGCCAGGACGAAAAAAAUGUUCAAGACCCGUCCCACGCAUUCUCGCCUUCGUCUGAUAUGGUUUGGGAGUGUCCAAAUAUUACAAAAGCGGGCGUUGAGUGUUCCUGUGACUUUCCACACACAUUAAGAUGCACCGGUGAUAGAACAGCACUGCAGAUUAUCAGUCAACACUUAAGGUUCAGCCGUCCGGGAACGAUCUCUUUACUAGAUAUAACAGUGACGGGAAUCUCUAUGCUACCAGCUCGCUUUCUGGAGAAUGUUGCCUUGCAUGGAUUCGUUGUUUCUACCGGCGAAUUGAGACGCGUUCAUGAAAAUGCUUUUAUUGGUCUUGUAACACCUCUUCAAGCUCUUGGACUUCCGAACAAUUUAUUAGAUUCUGUACCUACUGCAGCUUUGUCGCAUUUAAUCGGCUUAGAAAGAUUGGAUCUGUCUCAGAAUAAAUUAAAGACAUUGGAGGCUGAGUCUUUUAAGGGCUUAUCAAAUUUGACAUACUUAGACUUGUGUGACAAUUUGUUGUCGCAAUUAUCGCCUCAAGCUUUUGUCGCACUACCUCUGCUACGUUCGUUGAGGAUACGCGGUAAUCGUUUAAGCGUAUCAGCACUCUCAGCGCUCAGAGGACUCAAAAGUUUAGAGGAACUUGAUUUGUCCAACAAUCUAUUGUUGGGUCCAAUGGGUCCAAAUCUUCUUCCUCAAAUGCCACGAUUACGUUUCUUAACUGUGUCUGAAAACGAGCUAAUAAAUGUACAGCAAGGAGCUCUUGUGGGUUUAAGGAAUUUAACUUAUCUGAGUUUAAGCCACAAUCAGAUUGAUGUAUUGGAGGACCAUUCGUUCAAAUAUCUAUCGACUCUCACAAGACUGGAUCUAGCAAAUAAUCGCAUCGUUGCGGUGUCCAGUGCUUCUUUGGCACAUUUAGAAAAAUUAAUAGCUCUGGAUUUGACGCAUAAUUUUUUGCGAUCUCUGACUGCUGACUUGGUGGUACCAUUAAAAAGUCUCCAAGAUUUGCGUCUCGAUGAUAAUGAUAUCACAAUGGUGGCAAGCGACGUACCGACGUCCAAGUUACAGCUUACAAAACUUUCCUUGGCCGACAAUCCUUUGAAUUGUGAUUGUACGCUUCUAGAAUUCGCCAAUUGGUUAAGUAAUUCUAGCUUGAACGAAGAAGAUAAGUCUUCAGCGGUCUGUGCAACACCACCCGCUUUGGAAAAUGGCAUACUGACGCAAGUCUCUCCCGGUAGCCUCCUUUGUGGUGAGCCGAUACCACCAAUCAUGACCAGAUUGCCUCUAGCUGGUGCUCAAUUAACACUGAAAGAAUUUCAUUAUGACAAAUCAAUCGGUAUUAAUCUCUUAUGGCAUGUAGAACCAUGCGCAGAGCGAUAUACAUGUGAUACCUUAAUUGUAUAUGAAACCAUAGGUGAUAGUGAAGUUCAAACAGAUUCUAGUUCUCUUCAUUGCGAUUCACGUAUGAUGAAAGAUCCUUGUUCACUUCCGAUCGCCAUACCUGCUUCAUUACAUUUACAACCGAGCCAUAAAUAUCGCUAUUGCGUAGUACUCCUAGUACCAAAUAGCUAUGAUGAUGUUUCUUUAGGUUUAGGUUGCAGUGAUGUAAUUACAUUAGAAGAAUCUAAACGAGUAUUGUUACAACAAAAUCAAGAAACUGCAGUAUCAGGGUCUUUUUCGUCAUUAGACACCAGGAUAACUGGAGUACACGUAAACGUAUCUGACCAAGGCUUCAUGUACGUCGACGUUAGCUUAUCAAUCUCGAAAAAGUUGAAUCUUCCUGAAUGCGAACUUUCUGUCAUCGUUUUUGAUGCUGAAUCUGCAGUAAAUAAGCGAAAACUGAAUUGCAGUUUAACGUUUGUAACGCUAGCUGUACUGUUACCUGGUCAUUACAAAGUUUGCGCAAGUCUUGAUGAAGUCAGUGAAGAAGAUGUUAUCGCAAACUUUGUAGAUAAUCAAGAUAGAUUACGUUGCGUCGAAGUGCAAGGCCUUAAGCAAAAUACGGAGCUAAUUGUCUUAGCGAUAAUCGGAGCUAGUUGUGUUCUUUUAAUCACGUUUGUACUAAUUGGUAGAAGCAUUUUGAGAAGAGUGAGACAUCCCAGAAUACAGACACAAUGUUUCUUACCAGCACAGGAAUUUGAAAUAACUCAUAAAGCACAUUAUAUUAAAUUAUUAGCUACAACAAAAGUUUAAAUCAUCUUCAUCAAGUAUAAUUCUGUUUCUCAUUUUGUAAAUAAUCACAGCCUAUUUGUUGUUGACUAUUUAAAAAUGAAAUCCAUAUUUUUUGGUCAAAUGGAGAAUGCUGUAUUUAAUCUUAUUGUAUAAGUUUAUUUCUAUGAACUACUAGUCAUAAAAUCAAUAAUUUUAAAUAUAAUAGAAUAAUAAUAAAUCAUAAGAAUUUUAAGGAUAAAUAAAAAUACAACUGAAUAUAUCAAAAAAUGGUACGAACAGGUUAUAAUAACAAUUUAAGAAUAUUCAAAACACCCAGUUUCUACACUGCCACAAUAAUUUAUACCAGUUAAUAACAUAUGAUAAAAAUGAGGUUAACAUUUUAAAUAAAAACAUAUGAUAUAUACAAUAAUAUUAGUUCAUACAGUUUUUCAAUAUUUUUAUACUUGAUACUUACAUACUAUAUGAAAAUGUAAAUAUUUUCUGUGAGUUUCAAGAAGUAAAUUUAUAAUAUUUUUGUAUUGUAUAGCGUCGUCACUAUAUGUUUUUGUUGUAAUAUAUUAUUAAUUUUAGAAUAUAUUACGUUAUGUAAAUAAAAUUACGUUUUUUAAAUUAUAAUAUGUAAGAAUGAUUUGCAAAUUUAAUGUAAGAUAUUAAUGUUGCAUAAUUAUCAUUAUUAGAUUCACGAAAAAUUGAAAUUUACAUGAAAUAAAUGUUAAUUUUACAUCUGUAUUUUACGACUUUACUUUAGAGGAUGAAAAACUAUUUUAUCAUUUAGUAGUUUUUGAGGAAAACAAAUUAAGUGUUAAAUGAAAAAGGAUGAGUUAUUCGGAACGUCGAAACCUUAUAACCCAAAAAAGUUUCGAGUUUCGAGAAUUCAAACUUUGUACUUUUUUCAUGAUUUGAAACUCUCGAAAUUCAGAUAAGACAAAGUCUAAAAUGAAUGAAGAAUCAUUUGCAAUGUGAAUAAAGAAUGUUCGACUUAUGUAUACAUAUCAAAUGUUCGAUGCAAGAUGCGUCGCAAACUUUGGUGCUCGGUUUUUGUUUUUAAGGAUAUGCGAAUGUUUUAAAUAGAUAUGCGAAUUCUGAAACAAUAAUAUAAAAUAUCCAAAAUAUCUAAGAAUCUAUAACAAUAAUAACAAUAAUAUAAAAUAUCCAAAAUAUCUAAGAAUAAAAAAAAA